AUGAUUGAGAUCUUCUCUCGCAUUGGUCUACCCAAAGAGAUCGUAAGUGACCAAGGAACAAGCUUCACAGCAGAACUCAUGGAAGAGGUGGGCCGUCUACUUGCCAUCAGGUUUCUCCGAACGACUCCCUAUCAUGCCAUGGCGAAUGGGCUCGUUGAGAAGUUCAACGGUACCCUGAAGACCAUGCUGAAGAGGAUGUGCCAGGACAAACCUCGAUCAUGGGACAGAUUAUGCGCUCUUUUGGGACAAAGCCUCGCCAUCGUCUACUACCUGCAGCGAAAGUACGCUCACAACUCCGAGUUGUACCCCGAAUGCAUUGACCAGCGCACCCGCGUCGAUCAGAUUCUCUACAGCGUGGCUUGCAGCAUUCGGCCUCACCAUAUUACCUUCUUGCACCCACGCUUUGGCGACAACAGCAAACCAACUGAAGAGGAACAGGCUGACUUCGAGAAGAAGGUUCUGGGGGGAAUCCAGCGCCUCAUCGCCCAAGGUCCGUUCGCCGCCGGCGACACGCUCACGGUAGCUGUUCUAAGCAUCCUCGCCUUCCUGGCUCUCUCACUUGACAUUGGCUGCGUGAACAGUUUCAGGUUUCCUGAUGUCAUCGAGUACUGCGAGCGUGUAAAAGGCGCACUUUCUUACUUCGAUGACAUAUAUGGUUCUACUAUUAGGCUAUACCGGCGUAUCUGGGCUCAGCUACAGUAA